AGGGUUCUUUUUCCGGUGCAGUGAAUUGUUUAAUGUUCAUCACUGUUCUUUUGUUUGUUGUUUACUGAACAAAUAAUUAAUAGUAUUCCCUAGACUAAUCUCUAUGGGAAUUUAUAUAGCUGUGUAAAAAUAAAACAUUUUUAAAUAAAGGAUUUGCUGGACACCAUUUGAAUAAUGCCACCUAGUUCAGGGGAGCUAUGGGGCCACCACCUGAUGCCCUCGCAGGUGAAGGUGGAUUGUCUAAUGCCAACAGGGGUACUGAUACAGUUGAUGGUGAACCGAGAUGAGACAUUAGAAAGGAUUAAAGCUCAGUUGUGGAUAGACGCUAGAAAUUACCCCCUCUUUCAUAAACUUGGGGACCAGGGGUCGUAUAUUUUUGUGAGCAUUACACAAGAUGCCGAGAGUGAGGAAUUCUAUGAUGAAACUAGAAGAUUAUGUGAUCUCAGACUCUUUAUGCCUGUACUCAAAGUUGUUGAACCAAUUGGAAACAGAGAGGAAAAAAUAAUUAAUUAUGAAAUAGGCAUGACAAUUGGAAUACCGACCAGUGACUUUGAUAACAUGAAGGAUCUUGAAGUGAUGACAUUUAGGCGAACCGCCCUAGAUGUUUGUCGGGAAGCAUUAGAACAGAGACAGAUUAACAGUAAACAAAGCGCUGCGUUAUGUGCGUAUCCCCCGGACCUCGAAUCCUCACCAGAACUACCUCCACAUCUCAAAAAGAAAUUAAAGAAAAAAGAAGGACAUGUUGUUUGUUGUAUAUGGAUAGUAUCAGAUGAUGGCAACAGGAAUAAAUUCAGUGUCAGUGUGGGACACACGGCUCGACCCAUUGACGUUAUAUCAGAGGUCAUAAGGCGAAGGGGUCGCCUAAUGGAUAUCACUACAUCACAGCUGGAUGGACUGAUAGAAAGUUAUAAGGGCACCUACGCCCUUAAAGUGUGUGGUUGUGACGAGUUUUUAUUGGCAGAGAAACCAAUCAGUCAGUAUAGGUACGUUAGAGAAUGUAUUGCUACAGAGAAGAUUCCACAGUUCAUGUUAUUGACCAAGGAUGGGAUUUAUGCAACACUACCAGAGUUCACCUAUCAAAUGCCAUCCUAUGCACAAAGAGGUCAUCAGUUACUGUUAGAUAUCAAUAACCAGCCAACCAUUUCUCUCUGGGAAAUUAACGCUGCAAUCAGGAUCAAAAUAAACUGUGCUACUUACGUCAACGUGAGAGAGGCAGGAAAGAUAUAUGUUAAGGCAGGGAUUUACCAUGGUACAGAGGCUCUUUGUGAAGCUCAGGUGACAAAGGAAGUGGAAUCUAACAAUCCUCGCUGGACCGAGUGGCUGGAAUUCCUGAACAUGACCGAUAUUCCCCGCAGUGCCAGACUCUGUCUGUCCAUCUGUUCAGUCAACAGGAGGAGAAAUAGAAAGGUGACAUUUGCCCUAGCUUGGGGAAAUCUACAGCUGUUUGAUUUCAAUGACAGACUUCUAAAUGAAAAAGUUAGUCUAAAUCUCUGGCCUAUGCCCCAGGGAAUGGAUGAACUUCUGAAUCCCAUUGGUAUUCCAGGAUCAAAUCCUGAUGAGAAGGAGACAGCUUGUCUUGAGAUAGAGUUUGAUAGGUUCGCCUUUCCAGUGGUGCAUCCUCAAGAAUACGAGUUUGAAGAACUGGCUCACUUUCUGACAACCAGAGAACGAAGAUCACAUUUACUGGAGACUCCUAUAAGCAGACAGAGGGAUGAGGAGACGAUUAGAGAAGUUGUGUUACGGGAUCCACUGGCUGAAAUCUCGUAUCAGGAAAAAGAGAUACUGUGGAGGCAAAGGGAGUUCUGCUUGACUCUCCCCCACUCCUUGCCGAAACUCCUUCAAGCUAUGAGAUGGAAUGAUCGUGAAAAUGUGGCUCAGAUGUACAUGUUACUGAAGAAGUGGCCCAUAUUGGAGCCAGAAGUAGUUUUAGAGCUGUUAGACUGCUCAUUUCCCGAUCCUCAUGUUCGUAGUUAUGCUGUAAGAUGUCUGGAACAGAAACUCACUGAUGAGAAACUACAACGAUACCUUCUACAGCUUGUACAGGCAUUAAAAUUCGAGCCAUAUCUGGAUAACCCAAUCACCAGAUUUCUGUUGAGGAAAGCACUUCUAAAUCAAAAGAUAGGACAAAUCUUCUUUUGGCAUCUCAAGUCUGAAAUGCAUCACCCUGCCAUAAGAACUAGGUUUGGACUUGUGCUGGAGGCAUUCUGUCGAGGCCUAGGGCCAUACUUAAAAGUUUUGACCCGACAGGUGGAGGCACUAGAAAAACUCACUAAACUUACAGAUGCUCUCAGAAUGGAUGUCAAAAAUGACCACAUAGAACAAAUGAAACACCUCCAUUUACAACUUCAGCAGCCUGAUUACCAUGAAGCCCUGCGAAACUUCCUGUCUCCACUCAACAACAGCAAUAGACUGGGAGAUCUGUGUGCUGCAGACUGCAAGGUGAUGAAGUCAGCCAAGCGACCAUUAAAGUUAUCAUGGCAGAAUGCUGAUCCAAUGGCUGAUAUCUAUUUCCUCUCCUUUAAGUUCUUCUUCAAAAAUGGAGAUGAUCUAAGGCAGGAUAUGCUGACACUUCAGCUGUUACGGGUUAUGGAUUCACUGUGGAAAGAGGAGGGGCUAGAUUUAAGAUUAAUUCCCUAUGGGUGUCUCUCCACCGGUAAGGAGCUGGGUCUGAUAGAGUGUGUCCGUGAUGCCCUGACCAUCAUGGACAUUCAGAAGAAGACUAUCACUGGUGCUUUUCAGAUCGAUUCUAGUAAUGUCCAUCGGUGGAUCAAAGAAAACAACAAAGAGAGCAAGGAAAAAUAUGACCAAGCUAUAGAAACAUUUACUCGUUCCUGUGCUGGUUAUUGUGUAGCCACAUUCAUUCUGGGGAUAGGAGACAGACACUCGGAGAAUAUCAUGUGUACUAGGGAUGGUCAGGUAUUUCAUAUUGACUUUGGCCAUUUCCUGAACCACAAGAAGAAGAAGUUUGGAAUCAACAGAGAGCGGGUGCCCUUUGUCCUGACAGAGGACUUUGUGCGUGUCAUUGUCCGUGGAUCAGACAAAAGUACUAAACAUGACCUCUUUGCAGAAUUUAACACACUGUGUUUGGAGGCCUAUUUGGUUCUUCGUAGACAUGCUCAUCUUCUCAUUAAUCUAUUCACCAUGAUGUUGUCGUGUGGAAUCCCAGAGUUACAGUCCCUGGAUGAUAUAAGUUAUGUAAGAAAGACUCUAGCUGUGGAAGAGACUGAGGAAGAGGCUGCCAAGUAUUUUAACUUACAAUUCAAAACUGCCCAUGGUGGACAGUGGUCAACCAAAGUGGACUGGGUAUUCCACUUCAUGAGGGCUUUCAGCAAGUAAAGAGCUGCAGAGGUUAUCUUCUCUUAUUUCAAGUGUGAACAUGUGUUCAGUGAUAUUUAUAUGUACAUGGAGGAAGAAAUCAAAGGAAUUAUUUUGUUUGGAGAAGAGAUCAAAGGAACAGAUAACUCCUGAUAUGUCUUUCAGGUCUAGUUACAGAUAGCAAUGGAUAUGUAUUACUAACAGGUAGUGCAUUCAGGAAAAUAUGCUUGGCUCUUAUUGGUCACCUGAGUCCAUCAUGUGACCAACUGCUGGCUGACUGUCAUAUAUGACUCUGGAAAAAUUUCAGCUUCAUUUCUGAAAGAUGGCUGAACCAAUUCCUACCAAUUUAGUACACAGCCUCAUACGAAAGUAAUGUUGAUGGUUACAGUCCCUGUCAUUGGCUAUGCAUGCUCAGGCUUUCAGAGUAACAUGCUAUUAAGCCAUGUGCAUGAAAGAAAGUUUGCUGAUGGAUACCUGUAUGUGGAAAUAUUCAAACUACUCAGACAAACAUGUCAUAAUAUGAGGAACUCUUGAACCACAGUAAUAGGCCAUUUUCAAAUAUCAAAUUGUUGAAACUUUUUUGGAAAUGAAUACUUCAGUGUAAAGAUUAGACAGGCAUGUGGGUGUAUAAAUGCAGAUUAGUCUUGUUUCAAAGUCAAUAUUUUAUGAAGAAAACUUGAUUUUUAUGAAAGUUCUUUUGAUACUUUUGGUAACAUUUACAGUUUUGAUUAAAGAUUAAUAGCUUUCAAAUUUAUAUCUUUCUGUAAUAUCUUUCAGAUUCAGCAUUAUAUGUAUAAGGUUGUCCGUAUUAAAAGUAGGUUGAGAUUGGGCAUUGAAAACAAAUCAAAUUUUAUAACCUUAUUCAACUUUAAAUGCCUGCAACAUGUGCAAGAUAACUGACAGAGUUAUGGUACUCUUUAUAUGAAAACAUUUGAGAGAACUCACACAAGUACAUUUCAACUUGUUUGCUUCAAUAACAGAUAAAAUUUUAAGAAGCCCAAACAAACUUGUAUCAAUUGUGGAUCAACAUCAUGUAAAAUAUUUAUAUCGAUUCAGAAGUUUAUAACACAAUUAACAUGUGUAUAAAAGUCCCCCAGUUGUCUUUGUGAUAAACAGAAGAAAUUCUGAGUUUACAUUUUAUAUUGUUGCUGAUAUUAUUUAAUAUUCAGACUACUGAUAAUAAUGAAGUAUGAUUUCAUACUUAGAGACUGAAUGUGCUUGUCAUUAUUUAUUUCAUUGCUGUGAGAAAGGUUGUUUUUAACACAUGUACUUUCAAAUGUGUUUAGUGCUAACAUACAUCAUGUUUCAAAGUCAUUUUUCUUGUAAUGAACAAUUUUUAUUUCUUCAAGAAAGUGCAAUCAAUGAUUAUAAUUUUUUUUUUCCGAGAGGUACUAGUUUAUGAGUACAGUUGUUUAUGCAUUUACAUGUUGACAUCGAAUCAUCUCAGAAGACCUGUCUUUAUACUGUGUGUUGUGUGUCUGUCUUUUCAUGAAAAAAAGCAUGUCUUUCUUGUGAUAGCAACAAAAAUAAAUAUUGUAAAGUUAUUUUGCAUACUUUAUUAUAAUAAAGAAUAAACUUGUAACAAAUUUUC